CCUGGAUUGCCGUGACCGGAAGGUUCCUUCCAAUUUGGAGCUUUAGUGCUUGAUAGUGCUUUAGUCCCAUGGCGGAGACCCAGGUCAAGAACACCUUCAUCGACGUCAAUUUACCCAGCACCGCCACGCCUGUGCCCUCGCCGCCGGCCUCAGCGCCCGCUCGGCAAGCAGUGGCGCUAAAGGAUUCGCUCCAGCAAGCCGCAGAGGACGCCUCAGCGGCCACUACGGGCACCGCAGCCGGCACAGCGCCUGCGGGCAUUGCCCGAAGGGCCAAGCCCAAUCCAUUGAACUUCCUCUCGCAGAAUUCCAUGGCGUCGAUCCCAGAGGACCAAGCAAAUGGUACCGUCAAACGUGAUCCCAUGAUGUUCGUCUCAGGCAUGUCAGAGAUGCCAGCCACACCGGCCUACACCUGGGGUGUCUUGCAAACUCCGACUGGGACACCAUCUGGCUAUCGCGCCUAUGGAUCGGCUCCGCCGAUGGUCGCCACCCCGACGGAGGUGCAGAGGAAGACCUUGAGCCUGCAAGACAUGAUCCAGAGCCCCAAGGUCGAGGACAAGGCUGCGCUGUUGAACAACAGCUACCAUCAGCUCUACAGCGUGCCUCCAUACCCUCAGGCGCCGAUGCAGCCCGCGCUUCAUCCGAUGCCGCAUGGGGCACCGCUGCACACGGUGCCGCACACAGUGGCGCACACGGUGCCAAUGGCAGAGACUGCCACCUAUGCACCGAUGCCACAGGCAGGUGGACCACCUGAGAUGUAUAUGCCCAUGCAGGGCCACCAGCCACCAAUCUUCAGCAGCAUCCCUGUUCAACACAUGCCUCCUCAACCCAUGAACGGGUGUCCAGCCGUAGCUCUGGGUCUGGUCCAUGGGCCAGGGCAGCCGAUGGCAGCAAUGCCACAACCAAUGCCACAACCAAUGCCACAGCAGGCAAUGCCGCAAGCAGCCCCUGCGGUGGCACAGCCAAUGCCCAUGCAACCCAUGCAAACCCUGGCGGCCCCCAUGGCACAGCCAGUGGCGCAGCCAUUACAGGCGCAGUUUGGGCUGCCCUCCUACGCUGCACCUCUGGCAGCUCCUCCAGGCGGGGUCAUAGCUCAUCCUGCACAUCCUCACCCUCAGCUGCCGCCACCACCUCCUACCUUCGCAGCCCCGUCUGUGGUGAUGUCGCCCAAGGCCCAGGCAGUCAGCACUGCGCCACCCGUUUCAGAGUCCGACAUCCGAACGUUGCUGGAGGUUGCUACAACUUCAGGAAAUCCUGAGGCAAUCAACGCCGUCAUGCGACAAGCCCAGAUGGCUGGCAUGUCACCUGAGAAAUUCAGGUCACUGUUGCCACCCAAUAAUUCCGCGUGACAGCACCUCUACAAGGCUUGUGCCUCAACGAACACCGCAGGGCUGUUGAGUUUGUUGGUAGGCUGAGCAAUACAUGACACUGAGGUAAAUUCAAAAAGAACGGAUGAGAUAUUAUGAUCUUUAAUUUCAAUAUUCGAUGCAUUGUAUAUUUAUUUAAU